AUCAUUAAAAGUACCUGUUUAGAAACAGGUUGGAAGCAGGGAAAGAAACACUUUAUUAUUCCUGUAAAUACUGCGUGUUGUGUAUACUGGGAUUAUUGUGUUACAGCUGAGAGGUCUUGUCCCCUCUGUGGAUACUGAACAUACACACCUUGCUGCAAUAUAAAAGACCAUCAAAAUGUGGCAUCCAAGAUCUGCUUUUGUUCUAUUAUUAUUAUUAUUAUUAGAAAUGGGUUGGGUCGAAUUGGCCAUUGACACAACUACUUCAGCACAAUCAACUGAUGUGUCAAGUUCAACUGCCACCGCAUCGUCUAUCACAACAGCAGGCUUAAUUACAUCAUUCUCAACACAAUCAAAUAAUAACACAAAUACAGCAUCUAACAAUGCAACAUCAACUAACGGCACAGCUACAGCAUCACCUAUAACACAAUCCAGCAGCACAUCACUGGCCACACCCACAGUAACCUCAGCUCUGAUAACAACUCCUAUUCCCCCUGUUACCUUGAAGCUGGAUUUUACGAUUACCAGUAGAAAUUUUAGUCAAAAUCUGAGUGACCCAAACUCGGGAGAAUACAAGGACCUGAAGAAUAACUUGGAGAAUUCGCUUGCAGACAUUUAUAAAAGGAAAUUCACAAAUUUCAAAUCUGUGAAUAUAACAGAGUUCAAAAAUGGCUCAAUCAUCGUUGUUUCUGAAGUUUCUUUUAAUAGUAGUCAGUCCCCUGUAGCUCCCACUGCAGAUAAUGCAGUGCGUGUUCUAGCCAGUUCCAUCCAGCAAAAUGGCAGCAUUGGUGGAUUCCAAGUGGAUACUUCCACCAUCAAAUCAGGCAGUGUUAGUACUUCCAGUCUGAGUGCACUUGUAGUAACUGUCAAUUUUCUCAUAAAGAGGCCUUAUAGUGAUUCUUUGCUGCAGUCACUAAAGAACCAAACAAUAAGCUGGGUGGAGAGUGUUUUGUUAAAUUUUCUCAAUGCCGCAACGCUGACCACAAGAGCAGCAGAUCCUAAUGUCACAUUUUCAAAUAACACCGGUUGGGUCCAGACAAAUGCUCAGUUUAGCUUCAACACCCUCAGUGUUUUGGAUAAAACCACAGAAGUAAUCGGCAAACUCCUUGACGCUAGAGUAAAUGUUUCCUUCUCCAUUGUUCCAUCCACUCUCACCGUUCAGGGCAUAAAUCAGACUUUUAUUGUACUUCAACCACCACUUGCUAUCAUGAACGUGACUCAAAUAGGAGACUUGUCAAAUAAGACCAGUGACACAUUCCAGGAUCUAUCUAAACGUAUAGAAGAUUCGCUCAAGGCUAUAUUUUCCAGUCAGCAGUUAGUAGAACCGGUUGUUAACAGCUUCAACAUGCUUAAUAAUCUUGUCAUUGCUUCUGUGGAUCUGUACUUCCCAUCAUCAUCGACAAUGAAUCUUACCACUGUUGUUAAUGAAAUUGUGAUAAACAAAACAGAGUUCAUUAACAGAAACAUCUCGCUGAACAUUUCUUUCACAUUGCCCCCAGCACCUACUGCUACAACUGUGGCGCCAGUCACAAGCUCUGUUACAACUGCACCUGCAAGCACAUCAACAAAUGGAACUUCCACUAACAUAACCAGCACACCGAUAUCUACUACGGCACCUACUCCCAGUAGUGACAUUGCCCUUAAUGUAACAUUUAGGAUUACCAGCCAAGAAUUUACUGCUAACCUAAGCAAAUCAGACUCUGUUGAAUACAAGAAUCUGAAGGGUAAAGUGGAACAACAGCUGAAAGCAGUUUACUCAACAUUCAAGAAUUUCAGAAAUGUAACAGUUACAGGGUUCAGGAACGGCUCUGUGAUUGUUGAUUCAAAUGUUGCAUUUGACAGCAAAGUGCAAUCCUCUACAGAUGUCACAAAUGAUAACCUUGUACGAGCCCUAGUCAGUUCCAUUGCGUCCAAUGGCAGCUUUGGAGACUUCAAAGUGGAUACUAACAGCAUACAGUCAGGCAGUGCCAGUGUCACAAACUUAAGUCCUGAAAACAUAACUGUCGGUUUUCUGAUUAAAAUACCAUAUAAUGCGUCUGCAACUGACUCACUACAGAAUCAGAUCACACCCUGGGUGAACAGUUCUUUUCUAACUCUUCCCGGUGUCACAUCAGUGUCACUUAUCAGCAAUAGUGUCAACUUCAAUAAUUCCGGUAACUGGACCCAAUUCAAUGCUACCUAUGCUGUCGUCACAACUAACAUUUUCAAUCCAAACCAAGCCCUCGACAAAGUAUUGGAAUAUAGAAGAAAUGUUACAUUUUAUAUUGUUCCAUCUACUCUUAGCAUCCAGCGAAGUAGCAAGUCAUUUAAUAUCUUAAGCCCAACAUUGGGGAUACGGAAUGUGAGUUAUACAAAUAGUCUGUCUGAUAAGACCAGUGAUGCAUUCAAGAACAGUGCUACAGCCAUAGAAGGAGUGUUAAGAGACAUAUUUCGAAGCCAGCAAUUAGUGGAGCCAGUUGUGACCAGCUUCCGUAAUGACAGCAGAGGUCUCAUUGUUUCAGUGGAUCUGUUUUUCCUCUCUGGGAUUACCUCUCGGGAUGUAAUCCAAGGAAUUGUAAAUAAUGCAAACCAAUUCGCCAAUAAGAACAUCGAUCUGAUCACAAAUAUUACAGACCCCACAGUGCCCUAUUCAUUUACAUUUAAACUACUACAAGACUACACAGCCGACUUAGCAACAAAUAACAUGAAUGUCACCCUCCUAAAUCUGAUUACAGCAGCAUUAACGUCUGAUCCCAUGAAUAUAAUCUCUUCAUCUGUAAGCAUAAGAAAUAACUCUGGAGAAGCAACAGUGGAUGUUCAAUGCAGAAUAAACGACAUAUCAAAAGACAACACAGCAGUGCAGAAUGCUCUUUUGCAAAACCAGAUGUUUACUGAUAUCGUACGCAUUUCAACCCUCUCAGUUAACGGUGCUAGCAACAAGCUUCGAGGUUAUGCAUACAAGCUGAGAUUCACCAACCUGAAUUUUAAUGCCAAUUUGACAAACCCAUCUAGCGAUGAUUACAAGAAUAUGAAAAUCAAGAUUAUACGAGCGAUGACCAGCAUUCUGAGUUUCACUGGUGCUAAACAAGUCGGAGUUUUAUCAUUUGUAUCAGGGUCUGUUAUUGCUAACACAGAAGUCACUGUUCCAGAUGGGGGUGCUACCUUUGACCAGGUCACUACUGCAAUUGUGAACAACAUCGAUUCUCUGAAAAGUUCUGGACUGACAUUGGAUCCUCAGUCUGUAGUUACGUCUACUCCAUCUGGAGCAGCAUCAACGGUUGAGCCUCCUCCAACUAUUUCAGCAUUCCCGGGUUAUGCAGUCGCCAUCAUCGUUAUGUGUGGACUGGCUAUUUUAGCUCUCCCUUUCCUCAUAUUAUUUUUUGUGAAAACAGGCCUCUGCAGUAAAGUUUCCAAAGCGUGCUCCCUCAAGCCACCAUAUGGUGAAUACCAAGGGAUGAUAAUUCCUAACACAGGAGCUGGACAUGAAAAUUACAGGACGCACUCUUAUGAAAUUUCAAAUUAAUAACAUUCGGCAUAUGGACAAGACUGGAGCACACAGAACCAGUUCUUCUCUUACACAGGCACAACGAUCCUGCUCCAUUUAUUGAACAUUUGGAUCAAACUUGGAACAACAGAAGUUUCAAAUCAAUACUUUAUUUGCUUGUUGGGAACAAAUAUCAGCCUGUCUGUUUGUUAUACUUGUGGGUUCUAUAAGUUAUAUUUAAAUUCUGAAAAUGGUCAGCAAAUGUCAGCAACCAUUAUUAUGCAAAUUCUGUACAGUUUGGUUUGUUUUUUUGUUCAUCCUUUUCUCCGUGAAGUGUCCAACAUUCCUUAUGUACUGGGGCAAGGAUACAAAGAACUAUAUAUAACAUUGUGCAUUCAGUUCCAUACAAACUUACACCAGAAUUAACUUUUGUGAGAGAAUAUCUCAGGGAAAGAAAUGUUUUCUCUUUAGAUAGUCUGAAAACGCUUAGAUUUAUCCAUCCAUAAAGAGACAUAUACCCUACUAUAGAACAACAAAACAUGUUCAGAAUGCUCUUAUGAGCACUUUAACCAUUUUUUAAAAAUGAUUUCUCUACUGUUUGGACAGUAUAACGAAAGUUUAUUUUAUCGUGUUUCUUGAUGCUUAUCUUCUCCGUUCCAUCCCUUAGGGGGAUAUUUAUCAGAGGUUGAGUUUUUGUUUUUUUUUGUUUUUACUGAAAACUACCCUCAACAACUCAAAUUUUUCGGGGAAAAAAAACAACAUUCUGUGUACCGAAGACUGGGUCAUUAACAAUAUUUUAUCAAAAUGUUUUUAUAAAUAGAUUACUAAUUACUGCAGCAUAUAAUAUUUUUAUAAAAUGUAAUGAUUUUUAUUUUAAAGAUUUGUUUCACUUCUGGAAGCUAUCCUGCUUGUUCUUGAACCUUUUUAUUUAGUUUAAUUGCUCUGGCUCCUGAUGCUGUGUGCUUUAACCUCUUCUCUGCUCUGGCACUUUAAUCUUGCCAUGCGUUACCCAUAAACACACACUUUGUGGCAUAGUUUAUAGAGAAAGCCAAAACUAUAAUCUGUAUGGCAACAGCAGUCAAGUCCUUGCCAGCUGGCUCUGCCAAUUAUAUGAUUUAUGGCAGCAACCUGUGCAUUGUUGAACAGUGGCUGCCAACUUACAACUGCUGCAGUCCUUGGAAUUCUGGGAAAAGUGGUUCAACAACAUAUGGAGAUUACCAAUGCUUAGAGGCAUAUUUUUCAAGGGUCGAAUUUAGAGUUUGAGAGUUUAUAAAAACUCCCAUAAACUCGAAAUUCAAAGAAAAAAAAAAGACCAAUCGAAAUUUAUUAAAAAAUGUAAAAAAAAAUUUAAAUUUGGGUGAAUAGGAUCGACCUGCAAACUUGAAUUUGAUUCUAGUUUUUUCACCAAAA